UCAUGUACUCGUGUGAACUUUGAUAUUCCCCUUCGAAAAGAUUUGAACAAUUGAGCAUCAUUGUUUGAAAUUUUACCUGAAAUAUCUGGGGAUAUUUAGAGAACGGCAGAUAUUGCUAAAUCGGAACAUUUCCAAUCUCAAAAUGGAACCGAGUCCACGACUGACAAGCAUUACAAGGGACGACUCUGCUGGUUGGUAUCGUGUGCGUGUCGACAGCGGCGAUGAAGGCAAAUAUCCUUACGUUUGGCUAAGGGACAACUGUCGCUGUUCUGAAUGCUUCUAUCCCUCCGCUACGCAGCGAUUGAUGAAGAUGACUGACUUGGAUCCUGAUGUGAUACCGUUAUCCGAGACAAUCGUGGACGACGGCCAAGUCUUGAGGGUCACCUGGCCCGACCAGCACCGCAGCGAUUUCCAGGCCGCCUGGCUCAGUCGCCGGCAUUUUUCUGACAGCUCGAGGGACGUGGUGACGGAUCCGGAGCUGCAGUCGUGGGGAGCCGAGCUGAACGACAACAUCCCGACCUUCGACUUCCAGAAAGUCCGGGAAGACGACAUGGAGCUUUUCAACUGGCUGGAUGCCUUAAACACCAAGGGCUUGGCCUUGGUGAAAGGGGCACCGACUAAGAAGGGAACUAUCCGCCAACUGGCCGAGAGGGUUGCUUAUUUGAAGAAAACGUGCUGGGGUGAGGAGUUUCAAGUUGUAAGCCAACAAAACGCCAGCGACCUGGCCUACACGGGAAAGCCACUAGGAUUCCACGUCGACCAAGCAUACUUGAGUUACUAUCCAGGCAUUCAGAUGCUUCAUUGCAUCCAAAGAACGGUGGAUGUUGAGGGCGGUGAGAAUCAGUUUGUGGACGGACUACACGUUGCCCAACAAAUCCAGAAAGAGUUCCCUGAGGCCUACCAAAUCCUGACUACGCUAGACGUAGACGUUUUGUGCGCCACUUUCGAAGAUCAUCGUUCUGUGCGCCUCAAAUGCAAAUCACCAACCAUAAAUGUACACAGCAAUGGCAGGUUCCGAUCCAUUAACUACAGUGACGGCUCGAGGGCGCCCUACCAAACCGGAGUUGCAGUGGAACAGGUUAUCAGCCUUUACAGAGCCUUGAAGCUGUUCAGUAAUGUGAUGUAUCGGCAAGAAAAUGUGGUGCGCCAUCAACUGGCUGAAGGGGAGAUAGCUACUUUCAAUAACACUCGUGUCCUUCACGCCCGCAGCGCCUUCACCAUUGCUGGUGAUGGAGGCCGCCAUCUUGAAGGCGGUUACAUGGACUGGGACGAGGCUCGAUCGCGCAUUCGUGUUCUUCGCGAGAAGCUCUUCGGUGAUGCAGCUCUGUGACUUGUUUACAUUAUUUUAUGCUAGUUUUGAUGUGCGGUAUAAAAUUAUUGUAGGCUAUACUUCUGGAGGUUACAGUUGAUCUUGAUCACUAUGCUUAACAAAGCUAAAAAAAAAAAUUCGUAACGAGUGCUACUUACAUGCUACUGUUGAUUAAAGGGAUUGAUGUUUAAUGUAAUGUAAACGGCAUUUUCUUUAUCGACAUAUUUUGUGUUGGGAUAAACUUGAGAUCAGUCAGUUUGAUGGUCGCGGACUCGAGGUUAUUGUGGAUGUGGUGGAUGCGGGGGUCGGGCUGGAAAUGUGGGAAUAAGAGAUUCUGGAAUGUGUGUUUAGGGAAAGUCAAAGAUAGGUGGUUGUUAAUUUGGAUACAUUUCUUUGAAUUUAAAGCUUAAUUUCGCUUACCAUCUUCUCGGGAAACUAUAAGCAAGGCAUUUCUUUUUUUAAUUGUAAUAUUAUACAAGAUUUGAUUUUACUGCAGUUUUCAGAAAUUGACUGAUUUGUGGGUUAAAAUUUCAUAGCAAAUGUUGUUACACUGAUCUGUUGAAAGAUUUGUGUUCAUAGAUGCGGCUUAAAAAAACACGAAAAAAUGACGUUGUUAUAGUCUGGUAAACACAUUUGGUAAAUAAUGUCGUCAGUAAUUGUAAAUAGACUUUUGUCCAGUUUUUUUUCCAACGAUGGUCGGUGUUUUAGUCUUUCGCGUUAUCCAAAAGUAACUGGUUGUUCAGACUUGGGACUUGCUGCAACGGUGCUGACAACAGUUCCUCGGAAUUUACUGCACAAAAUAGAAAUCAGAGGGAAGCAUGCACUAUACAUUGUGAAUUUUUUUCUCCAGAACUAUAGGUCUGGACUUGGGCAUUUUUGCAUCUUGUAUAUUCAGUUUUCUAACAGUGUAUAUUUUCCUUGGAAUUUCAUUUUGAGGUAAUAUUAGAUUGAGACUGUGGAUAACCUCGCAGCACUAAAAGAGAUUUGCUACGGGAUUUACCUUACAAAGCAAAAAUAAGAGGUGAAUAUUCACCGUAUGCAUAUGUCAUUUUUGCAUACCUAUUUGGGCUCCGGACAUAGAGAUUUUUAAAUCUUGUAACCCUUCUAUGCAUUUGGGUUUUUUUUAUCAAUGUAUAGAUUGUCUAGAAUAUCUUAUUUUGAGGCACAUUGAGAUCCAGAUAUAGCAAGCGAAUUAAUACCUAGCGGCGCUGACAGGGGUUGCUGAGGGAUUUACUCGUUUGUAAAAUCACAACGCUUCGUUUUACCCAAGUGUGAUAUUUAUUAAAUUAAGGGAGAAACUCACCCGGUUUAGUACUGUAUGUUUCUUGAAACGUUUCUGUCAUGCUAGGCCAUUGGUGAUGGUUUCAGUGAUUCCUGCUGAGCAAAUAAAAUCCAGGUCAGUAAUUUGUUGCUACCAGGUCAGAGACACUUUUUUGGAUUACUGCAACUACGUAUAGAAUCUAUAUGCAA